AUGUAUUCUUUAAUUAAAAAUACUCCACGUCGAUAUUUUAGUAGUAAAAUAUUUUCAAGUGCCAUCGAAGCAACAAAAGAUAUAAAAGACGGUUCAAAACUUCUUGUAGGCGGUUUUGGUUUAUGUGGAAUUCCUGAAAACUUAAUUUAAGCCGUCUGCACAAACGGGCCAAAAAAUCUAACUGUAGUUUCAAACAAUUGUGGAGUUACCGAUUGGGGACUCGGCCUUCUUUUAUAAUCUCGUUAAAUAAAACGUAUGAUAUCAUCAUAUGUGGGUGAAAAUGCCGAAUUCGAACGCUAAUAUCUAUAAGGUGAACUAGAGGUGGAGUUAACUCCAUAAGGUACUCUUGCUGAAAAAUGCAAAGCUGGUGGCUAAGGUAUUCCUGCUUUUUAUACCCCCACAGGAGCCUAUACAUUGAUUGAAUAGGGCGGUUUUCCGAUAAAAUAUAAAUAAGGAGGUGUUAAGAAUGGAAUCGAGAUAAUUUCUUAGAAAAAAGAAAAAAGAUCUUUUAAUAAUAGAGAAUAUAUUCUUGAAGAAAGUAUUUUUGGAGAUUUUGCAUUAAUAAAAGCCCAAAAAGCAGAUAAAAACGGGAAUUUAGUUUUUAAUAGGACCGCUCGAAAUUUUAACCAAGAUAUGGCUACAGCAGCUAAAGUAGUAAUUGCAGAAGUUGAAGAAAUAGUCGAAAAUGGAGAAAUAGAUCCUGAUAGUGUCCAUGUACCAGGAAUUUAUGUAAAGAGAAUUUUCAAAGGAAAUUCUUUCGAAAAAAGAAUUGAAAAAAGAACUCUUUAGAUAAAUAAUGAUAAUAAAGAAAAUUAAUUGAAAUAAAAGGGCUUCAAAGUGAGAGAAAAAAUCAUCAAAAGAGCCGCUUAGGAAGUUCGAAAUGGCAUGUAUAUCAAUUUAGGAAUUGGUAUUCCUACUCUUUUGCCUAAUUAUGUGCAUCCUGAUGUUGAAAUUCACAUCCAUUCGGAAAACGGAGUGAUAGGAGUGGGUUCUUAUCCUGUUUCUGGGUAAGAGAAUGCUGAUUUGAUAAACGCAGGCAAAGAAACGAUAACGCUUUUGAAAGGAAGUAGUAUUUUCUCGAGUAGCUAGAGUUUUGGGAUAGUCAGAGGAGGCCACUUAGAUCUUACAAUAUUAGGAGGAAUGUAAGUUAGUAAAAAUGGAGACAUUGCUAAUUGGAUUAUUCCUGGAAAGAUAGUAAAAGGAAUGGGAGGAGCAAUGGAUUUAGUAAGUUCGGGUAGUAAAGUUAUCGUAGUAAUGGAACAUAUGGCAAAAAACGAACUUAAAUUAUUAAAUGAAUGUACUUUACCAAUCACUGGGAAAGGUGUAGUGAAUAAAAUUAUUACUGAUAUGGCAGUUUUUGAAAAAGUUAAUGGAUAAAUGGUACUUAUGGAAGUUGCACUGGAAUAUACUUUAGAUGAUGUUAAAAAAGCUACUGGAUUUUAAUUUGAGGUUUAGAAUCCUUUAGGAAGUUUUUGA